UAAAUGUAAAUCGAAAAGCUGCUUGCAACCAUGUCUGCUGCGCUGAAGUCUGACAGGAGUGCUCGUAGCCGACGUAACAAGAAGUCGACGACUGGUAAGACGAGCUCAUCGAAGCAAUUGGCCACUGAAAUUGAUAUGCUAUGUGACAAAAUGGAGCAAAUGGACGAUGAGGUGUACUGGCAGAAGUUGUUCACGUGGAGUGAGAAUUUCAACCGACGACGAUUCGAGUUUCAACAAUUAAAAAUUGACCUAUACAAAAAAUUCGAUGCUCUGUCUGGACGAACAUUCAAUCCGACGUUUCCAGAUAUUGGAGAAAGCACUGGUCGUAAAAAUCCAAUGGUAGAAUUGCCGAAGUCCAAUUUAAGAUCAAAAAGAGCCUCAGUAUUGCGAGAAAUUCUCAAUGAAAGUGACGAAAUUAAUGAAGAACCGACUCCAAGAGAUAAUAGUUAUCGUAAUUCUUAUUUGGAGCAGAACUCGUUUUCUUCAAUGGGUAAAAUGAGGAUUUCGGGUUCUUAUAGUGACCGCGCUAGUCAAAACGGCGAUCAAAUCUGGACUGAUUCGAAUUUGAAUUUUGAUCGAGGCAUGCUAAGUUUCGACCAACCGUGCGAUUACAGGCUGAAAAAUUCUCUAAAAUCGAAACUAGAAGAAGAUAAUUGGCGUGAGUUGAAGGAUCUUUUGGUCGGCAGUAGUGCUGGAAGAAAUUCCAAGAAGGGAAACAGCGUGAUUGACUUCAAGCGCCCGAUUGCUGUGGAUGUGAUUUCGAGUGGGGGUGAUGCUGGGAAUACUGAAACAACGCAAAGACCACAAACUGCUAUCAGGGAUGUCCCGGUGGUCAGUAGUCCUGUCCACGGUUCAAAAUUGACGCCAAGAUCUCGGGAGUUCCAAGGCAUGAACUACGGUGAACUAAACCAGGAGAGACCCUAUAGUGCUAUGAAUUACUACACUGUGAAUGCAGUGAGUUCUACAGAGCAGCAGCAGAAUCGAAAGAAGGGGAGUAAUGUGUUUACGAGUAAGUUGACGUUCCUGGAGGGCAGCAGCGACAGUGAUUUGGGCGACCGCUCUUUGACGAAAGUAGACACGGAAGUCGUAGAUAGAGAGUCUAUGUAA